CAGAACAGAGACUACAACCAGCUUCAUCAGAAACAUGCCUGACUCGGAGACCAUUGACCUGGCUUGUCUUGGCCGACCGUUUCAGGUGGGAAUGCUGUAUGAUUGCAGAAAGGAUUCUCUCAUUCCAGGAAUAACUCUCUGGGACUCUGAUAUGCUGCAGAAGAAUAUUAAUGUACAUACACAGCCAAACACUGGCUUCAAAAUCAUUGCUUCAGAUUCAAGUGAAGACAAAGCAGAAGCUUUGAAUGUCUCUGCAUCUCUUGAAGCCAGCUUUCUAUGUGGAUUAGUCAGUGUCAAAGGAUCAGCUGACUAUUUACAUGACAAGAAGAAGUCCAAAAAUCAGUCUCGAGUCACUUUACAGUAUCGGACAACCACACGUUUUGAGCAGUUAACUAUGGAGCAUCUUGGAGUAGGGAACGUAAAGCACAGCCAUGUAUUUAAAGAGGGUUCGGCCACACAUGUUGUUACGGCUCUACUGUAUGGAGCUCAGGCAUUCUUUAUCUUUGAUUGUGAGGUUUCAUCCAGUGAAAGCCAUCAAGACAUACAUGGCGACCUCCACGCAACAAUCAAAAAGAUUCCUACAAUAUCAAUUGAGGGCCAGGCAUCUUUGACCAUGAAAGAACUGGACAAAGACAAAAUAGACAAGUUCAGCUGCACUUUCCAUGGAGAUUUUGCUCUGGAAAAUAAUCCAGUUACUUACGUAGACGCCAUCAAGGUGUACUCAGAGCUGCCGAAACUGUUGGGGGGAAAAGGAGAGAAUGCUGUGCCCAUGACCGUGUGGCUUUAUCCUCUGAAAAAACUUGAUUCAGCAGCUGCUCAGUUGGUCAGGGAGAUCAGCGUUAGCCUGGUACGACGAGCACAACGGAUCAUGGAUGGACUGGAUGAUUGUGACAUUCGGUGUCAAGAUCUUAUGAGGGACAAUGUCGCCAUCCAGUUCCCUGAAAUCAAAGCCAAGCUCAAAAACUUUAAGGACCUCUGCUCAGAGUACAAAGUCAUUUUUCAGAAAUAUCUCUGCAGGCUUCUUCCAUCUAUAAGGGGUGGAGGAAAAGAAGAACAGGAGCUUUCAGAUUUUCUGAACAGAAAAGAAAUGUCCCCAUUUCAGGGUGUUCUGAUAAAUAAGUACCUAAAUGAGCGAGAGCGGGAGAUCACUGUGGUUGGAUCUUACCUCGACAUCAUGAAAGACAUCCCUGUUCUUUCAACCAGCAAUGACCUGGACAAGAUUGUCUUGAAAGCAUCCAAUGACUAUGUGGUAGCCUUUGCACUCUCCUCCUUAAAUGAAAAGGAACUCUACCUUUCAGACUUAAAGAAUUACCUUAAACAACAAACAAGUGACAAAGGGGAACAGCCAAGCUAUGACCAAAGCUCUACAGAAAGGGCAAAAGAAUGGUUUUCUUUGGAAGAUGUAACUGCACAGAACAGGGAAAACAUACAGGCCUUCGUAGAUUUCAAAGAAGCCAAUAAAGGAAGAAAGAACAUUGAAUUCUGCAUUGUAUCGAUCCCAGAUGAACUCAGCACUGCCUCUUCAAUUGUGUUUAUGAACGAGCAAAACUCAUCAGCUCAGAGUACGAGCUUCCCUCAAAACCCCCAAUGCCCAAUUUCUUGUGCGCCGCGCAUGACUGCAUAUAUCUGCAGAUCACGCCUCCUGACCACGGCGUUAGUUGUGUGACCUCGUACUGUAUUUCAUACAAGUCUGCAGAGAGCUCUG